UGUUGUUCACCAGGUAGGCAUUGCAGACAACACCUCAUUGUUCAGAACGCUGAACGAGUGUUCGACUACUCAUCUUCAGCUCCUGUGACCUCAUCAACUGAGCUGUCACUUUCACCCCAACCCCCUCGCUUUCACACCGUAAGCUGUCCUACUUUUGUCAAUCUCUCAAUUCUAUCUUCAUGUUAUACUCGAAGACCACACACCUUUUCCUACUCCACGCGCAACAUCUCCCUUCUUGUGUUGAACCAACAUGGGCGGCCACGCUUUCCCGGAUCUGAAUGUUCCGCGCAUGGAACCACAAAUUUACGAAAAGGUCAAGCAUGCAGCUCUCAAGGUCUUGUCCAGGCGCUAUCCCAAUGUCGUCCCCAUGUCCGAAGCCCCUGAAAAGGCGGAUUAUGGAGACGUCGACCUCCUUAUCGAACUGCCCUCUUCGACUCCUUUUCCCGCUCAGCAAGUAGCCAUUGAUCUAGGAGCAGAACGCUGCAAAGAAAACAACCCAACAUACUGCUUCGCCAUCCCGCUAAACGAUGCGACAACAAGGUCCAAGGUCUUCGCUCAGGUUGAUGUGCAGCGCUGUCUCCCCGGCGAUCUUCAAUGGACACUUUUCCUGCUUGGCCAUGGGGAUCUUAGUUCUAUCCUCGGCACAUUCAACUACGGCUACGGUUUCACGAUGAAGAAUGACGGUUUCUUUGUACGUAUCAAAGAACAAGAAGCUCGAAACUGGUCUGCCAGCCAGGUGUUCCUGAGCAAGGACCUCGCUCUUGUCGUGCAAUUCAUGGAGCUCGACAAGCACAAGUUUGACCAAGGAUUCGACUCUGUGCAAGGACUCUUCGAAUGGGCAACAAAAUCGAGACUGUUCAAUCGCAAGCUGGUCGAGAAGAGAAAAGAUAGCUCGGAGAUGCGAGGCCGCAUGGAGAAACGCCCAAUGUUUCGCCGAUUCGUCUUGGAGUAUUUGCCCAGUCUCCCUGACGUUGACGACGAUAAAAUCGAAACCAGAGACUCUCUCACUCGGGCGGCCUUAGCCUUCUUCGGCAAGGAAGACGAGUUCAACACACGUCGCGCGAAGGUUCUCCUCGACAAUGCAGACGAUCACGCUUGGGACAUCAUCAGAACCACGGUCCUCAUGCCGCUCGCCCAGCUCGAAGCAAAGAGAUUGAACGAGGUUGUCAGAGCUCUUAAGAGGUUCGUGGCUUUCAAGGAUGGUAGGCCCUACAUGUGCGACGAGCCGGAGAUGAAUGACGAGAAUCAAGCCCGUUUUGCCCAAGCUAUCAACGAAGCUGAUGAGGUAAAGCCCUCGGUGCGUGAAUGGAUUUUGAGCAACUGGGAGGAGGUGAAGGCUCGGGAACGACAAAGGGCCAAAGCAAGCAGAAGAGCGGCAGGCCAGGCAGGAUGACUACCCAUCACUGCUCGAACGGACUGUAAAUGCGUCGCAGCCCUCAUGCGCUGACACUGCCUGCACCACGCGAGAAAUCCAAGAUCGACAGGCACGUAAAUGAUUCUCCAUUAGCCCACAUUUGCCCUGCAUCUUUCGGAAAUUCGAAAAAUGCAAACAUGUUCAUCGGAGGAGCUCGUCAUGACAGUCCCGAGUCCUUGGCUGGGGAAACGAGAAGGUCCGUUCGCUGUAGCUUGUCUCCACGUCUUGAUAAGACAAGCAAGCAAGAAGAGACGUGGCCAAGCGCUUCUUGAUCAUUUGCAG